AUGUCUUCUUCUUCCUGGCUCAAGCUGUUGGCAGGCGCCAUAGUCCUGGUCCAGACACAGGCUAGCUCGCACUCGCUGCGGUAUUUCCACACCGCCGUGUCCCGGCCCGGCCUCGGGGAGCCCCGGUUCAUCUCCGUCGGCUACGUGGACGACACGCAGUUCGUGCGCUACGACAGCGACGCGGAGACUCCGAGGUUGGAGCCGCGGGCGCUGUGGGUGGAGCAGGAGGGGCCGGAGUAUUGGGAGACUGAGACGUGGAAAGCCAGGAACACAGGAAAGCACUUCAAAUUGAAUCUCCAGACCCUGCUUAGCUACUACAAUCAGAGUGACGACGAACCUCACACUCUGCAGUGGAUGUAUGGCUGUGACCUGGGUCCAGAUGGGCGCCUGCUCCGUGGCUACUGUCAGGAGGCCUACGAUGGCCGGGACUAUAUCUCCCUAAACGAGGACCUGCGCUCCUGGACCACAACUGACGCGGCCUCUCUGAUCUCUAAGCGCAAGUUAGAGGACGUGAAUGAGGCCGACCACCAGAGAGCAUACCUGCAGGGCCCCUGCGUAGACUGGCUCCAUAAAUACCUGCAGCUGGGGAAAGCGACCCUGCUGCGCUCAGACCCCCCAAAGGCACAUGUGACCCAUCAUCCUGGACCUAAAGGUGAUGUCACCCUGAGGUGCUGGGCCAUGGGCUUCUAUCCUGCUGACAUCACCCUGACCUGGCAGAGGGAGAAGGAGGAAAAGAACCAGGACAUCGAGCUGGUGGAGACCAGACCUUCUGGGGAUGGAACCUUCCAGAAAGCCUCCUCAGUCCACAGUCCCCAUCAUGGCAGUCAUUGCUGGUCUGGUUCUCCUUGGAGUUGUGACCAUCAUUGUAGCUGUGGUGGCCGUUGUGAUGAAGAGGAACAGAAACACAGGUGGAAAAGGAGGGGACUAUGCUCAUGUUUUAGGCAGUAACAGUGUCCAGAGCUCUGUCUUGUCUCUGGAGGCUUGAAAAGUUCCUAGCUUCAGACUGCUGCCUCACGGGGACUUGUUCUGAUUCAAGAAUGAACAAAUGUCUGAAGCUGUCUGCUUUCUCCUGUGGAAACAAUGUAAAACUGGGGAGCCCACCUCACCCCUGCAUACCUGGAACCUGUCCCUGUACUGCCCUGUGCUCCCUUCCCAGCCAACUUCCUUGUCCAGCUAGGCAGGAGGUCACAUCCCCAUCCUGUCACCUCCAUGCUGCCCUGAGCUGCAGCCCCUGACUACCCCACUGAAAAUAAAAAUAUG